AUGGCUCCCCAGAGCCUUGGGUUGCCCUUAAUUGCCGGUUUCCUGACGUGCCUGGCAACCAUUCUGGCUACUCGACCCAACAUCCACAUGUCCAACCUCAUCGAUCAACUCGCUAUGGAUGGCGUGCUCCCAGCCGGCAGCGCGUCGUCGAGUGCCGAGGCCCGCAACGAGCAGUCUCUUCAAAAGCUCACCUCUGUCGCCGUAGGGCGGAUCACCAACCUCCACGUUCCCGAUCUCGAGCUUGAUAAGCCCUUCGCCAUUGAUACCGAGGGGGCGACUUGGAUUCAAGGGUCAACUGGUCCGUUGCUGUUCUUAAUCCCCUCCACAGACCCAUUGUAG